AUGGGAUUUCAUGAAAAAUGGAUUCUUUGGAUUAAGAGUUGUUUGCUUUCUAGAUUAGCAUCUAUGCUUGUGAAUGGUAGUCCAACUCAUGAAUUUGGAUUACAUAGAGGGUUUUGUCAAGGUGAACCAUUGGUGCCUUUUAUUUUUACCAUUGUUGGAGAAGGCCUUACCGGUAUGAUGAGAGAAGUGACUAGGAAAAACUUGUUCAAGGGUUUUCAGGUGGGAAAUGAUUUGGUGGAAGUCAACUUACUACAAUAUGCUGAUGACACUAUUAUUGUGGGGGAGAUAUCCUUGAACAAUGUAUUGGUCAUUAAGGCUAUGUUGAGAAAUUUUGAGUUGAUAUCCAUGUUGAAGGUCAACUUUUUCAAGACUAGGAUUGGUGGGAUUGGUGUAGGUGACGAGGUGUUAGAGAGGUUCUCGGAUAUUCUUAAUUGUCGAAUCAUGUCCUUCCUUUUCACAUACUUGGGUGUCCUCAUUGGAGAAAAUCCUAGGUGUGAGAAGACUUAA